GUGUGCGCGCUACAGUGAAUAUGCGGUGGUUCUAUUACUGUUGUUAAUUCAGUCUUGCUGAGUGUUUCCUAUGUACACAAAGCUGGUGAAGGUGUUAUGCUGGCGUCGCUCUCGCACAUUUAAGCGGGCUAUUCUGGCAUUUGUUUCCGGUUCUGCGUAAACGCUACUGUUUACUUAUAGCGUGUUCUGUUCGCUGGAUAUUUCUGGUGUGCUAGUUAGAUACAUUAGCUUGUGUCUGAGUAUCGCUAUCAGAGGCGGUUAUCGACUCCGAACUGACGAACGUGGAUAUCUGUGACUAUUUCUGCAGCGAGCUGAAGGCAGGCACAACAGCGAAGCUUCGAUACUGAGCAGAGUAAAAAAGAAGACAAACGUUGACUUGUAGUACUGUAGAAACUGUGGGAGCUCGUUUAUGAUGCUGCUGUGUUUGGGUCCCGCUAGUGAGAAUGACACUAGUGGUACCUUUGGCAAACUUCUUGACUUCGAACCGAUUCAGUUUGAACCUGUGGGUCGACAGUACGAAGUGCGGUUCAACUGUCGAGGACAGAAGGACUCAACAGCGGAAAGUGAUAAUGACGAAGAAGAGGACACUGAAAUCGUGGUUGAAGAGACCCCUGAAGAAGUGAAGUACUUGCGCGGACUUGAUCCAAAAGAGUGGAAACAGCAGGACCACUAUCACGUCCUGGGCCUUCAGAAUCGUCGCUUCUAUGCUACCGAGCGCGAAAUCAAGGCUGCGUUUCGGCGAAAGGUCUUAUCGCACCAUCCGGACAAACGAGCAGCUAUGGGCGAAAAAGUUGAUAACAUUGAUACCGAUUACUUCUCUUGUAUAACUCGGGCACACGACCUGCUCAGUAAUCCAAAACUUCGCCGAUCCUAUGAUUCGGUUGAUGCAACGUUCGACGACUCAGUACCUAUUGUCAGCGAAGAGAAUAAAGCAAAUUUCUUUGCCGUAUUUACCCCUGUUUUCGAGCGGAACGCCCGAUGGUCGAUUAAACCCCAUGCGCCGCCUCUCGGCGGGCCUGAAGCGACUCAGGAUGAGGUUAACGAGUUCUAUAAUUUCUGGUACGAUUUUAAAUCCUGGCGCGAGUAUUCUUACCUCGACGAAGAGGACAAGGAAAAAGGAGAGAACCGCGACGAACGCCGUUGGAUUGAACGAGAGAAUCGAGUGCAACGAGAGAAACUCAGGAAAGAUGAAACGAAAAGAAUCCUUCAGCUGGUCGAUAAUGCCAUGAAAUGUGAUCCCCGAAUUAAGAAGUUUAAAGACGAAGCAAAAAGAGCUAAAGAGGAAGCGAAGAAACGUCAUUUAGAUGAAGCCCGCGCGAAGCAACUCGCCGAGGAGGCAGAACGUCGUCAGCAAGAGGAGGCUGCUCGACUUGAACGGGAGCAAGAAGAGAUGGCUGAAAAGGCAGCCCGAGAGAAGGAGAAAAAGGCUCGCGACGCUUUAAAGCAGGAACAAAAAUUACAAAAGAAACAAUUCGAAUCGAUGUGCGCGGAAGCGGGCAACUUUGCGGAAAUAGGUUCGGCCGAAUUCGUCAAGAAUCUUGAACGUGUUGACCAAAUUGUCCGUGUACUUCCGUUAGAAGACCUUACGAAAAUCAAUGAAGAGAUGCACGCCAAGACGGCAAUAAGUGAGCGGCGAGCUGUUUUUGAUAAGGCAGUCUCAACACUCGAGGAACUACUUGAGAGAGAGAAGAUGAAAACGCUGCAGGGCGCCAUGAAGGGAACCAAUAUCAAUGGAGGUCCGGCUGGUUCAAGUGGACCUGCGAAUUCGAAGGGCUGGAGUCAAGAGGAAAUGAAUUUACUUGUAAAAGCAGUCAAUCUUUUUCCCGCUGGUACGACUGAUCGAUGGGAGGUUGUCGCUCAAUAUAUAGCGCAACAUUCGGGCCGCGGUGUUAAGUUAAAUGCCAAAGACGUUCUUAACAAAGCCAAAGAAAUGCAAAAAUUUGGCCUGGGAAAUCGCCAAGAUGGAGGAAGUUGCACCGCAAAUCUGAGACCAGCGCGAACAGGCGAUGAAACAAUUGCUGGAGUUCAUCAGGAAAAACUAAGCUCAAUUAGUGAGAUUGCACGGGCGUGGUCGAAUGAAGAGCAAAAAUUACUGGAGCAGGCGCUAAAAACGUAUCCAGCAUCCCUGGGAGCUGAGAGAUGGGUCAAAAUUGCAUCAGUUCUACCGAACAGGAGUAAAAAGGAAUGUAUGAAACGUUACAAGGAUCUGGUCGAAACAGUGAAAGCCAAGAAGGCAGCUAUUGCGGCUUCAGCGGCGGCGACGGCGGCGAAGUCGUAAAAACCAAUAAAAUCAAAACGACCUGUACAGCAACAAUGCAGUGAUAAUAAGAGUUACAAAUAAUUAUAUACAAACGUAUGCAGACUGAGGAUGAAAACGGUUUCUAGAUGCAAUGCCAGCCUAGUUUACAUCGUUGUUUAUAUUGGCCGUUACCUGAUUGUUUAUUAACAUGCGAUGAAUUACUUUCGACGUUACCAAAUGGUGCGUUGUCACACAAGCUAUAUAUUCGAAGAUAGAAAAACGAUGACGAGAGUGAUUUCUAAAUAAAAAUGGCCGGAGAGGGGGGAGAUUGUUUUUAACACAAAGGUAUGGAACAAGAUGGGGAAGACAAUGUGGAGUCCGUUUAAUAAAUGUCACUAUUUAUAAUAUAAUAGUUCGCGAAGUUUUUUGUUAUCGUAUCGUUCGUUUUUCUGGAUCUAGUUUUAAGCGUUUCAUAAUUAUUGUAUACAGACUUGAUUACUCCACACUCCGAAUACGUGUGUUUAGCUGUAGCUUGGAAAGGGAUCUUAUCAUUAAUAGGGCCACAUGGCACCAAGCUUAAUUUGAAUUGCGAUAGUGUAUUAUCGAUUUAGAAGUAACUGUUUGUGGUCGAGCUACAGUAGUGAAAGAACUGUGUCCCUAAGAUAUGAAGAGUUAGGUACUACCCUGAAUAUACAAUGG